AUGAUGCAUAUACAUUGUUUCGAAGCGCUUGACAAGACCUUGCGAUCUAUUACGCAUGUUCUCAAAAUAUUCGGUGGCAAGGUGGUCGUUCUUGGCGGAGACUUUAGACAGAUUUUACCUAUUGUGUUGAAGGCAUCAAGGCAGGACAUUGUUCACGCUACGAUCAACUCAUCUCAGCUUUGGGAAGACUGUAAGGUUCUUAAUUUGCAUACGAAUAUGAGGCUUCAAUCAAGCUCCAAUCCAUCCGAAGUUGAAGAAGUAAAGGAGUUUGCUGAUUGGAUACUGAGUAUCGGUAAUGGGGAGGCAGGAGAGCAAAACGAUGGUAAAGCGUUUGUUGACAUUUCCGAGGACAUGCUAAUUCCCGAUUCCAAAUAUCCAUUAUUGAAUUUUUCGCAAUUUUUAUAUCUGGAUUUGUUGAGUAUCAUAUCAAAUCCCGAUUAUUUCCAAGGGAGGGCAGUGCUUGCGCCGACUAAUGACUGCGUUGAGUUUGUCAAUGAUUACUUAAAUUCCAUCCUUCCCGGCAUAGACUAG